AUGCUCUUAAAUAAAACUUGGAGCUUCGGGGUCUUCUCCAGCGGGUGUCCCCCGUCUCUUCCCCCGCCUGGAGAACGAGAAGGGUGGGAUGCUCCGGGCAGAUGCGGAGGGAGCGGGCGGGGAGCGGGGCGAGCUCUGGAGGGGCGGGACGGGGGCGGAGGGAGGAAGGGAAGAAGAGAAGAAGGGAAGAAGAGAAGAAGGGAAGCGGGGGUCUCCUCUCUGCUCCCACCUCCGCUGAGCUCCGCGCCCGCCCUGGGCGGCUCCGGCCAGCGGGUGCUGAGCUGCGGGGUCGGGAGAAUUCUCUGCUCCUCCUCCUCCUCCUCCUCCUCUCCUCCGGCCGUGGUCCGCAGCGCUGGCCGCUCCAGCACCAGACAUUGCCCUUGGAAAAUGAACCAGCUUCCUCCGAGGAGUCCUGUGGCAUCCCUGGCGUCAGAGAACACCAAUUCCAGGGUAGAGGCCUUGGACAACUUGUCAAUGGACAGUUUUUGGCUGGAAGUAGAGAACAUUAAACAGAGCACUGAAGCCGAGCAGGAGGAAUGCAGCCUUGCAGAUGUCAAAACACAGGAGGAGGGAGAAGCCGAAGCCGAGUGGCUGCAGGACGCGGGGCUGUCCGAGCUCCUGGGGGACGUGGCCUCGGACAAGGACAAGCUGGUGCUGCUGUCCACGCUGACCAGGACCCAGGCAGCGGCCGUGCAGCGCCGGCUGGACACCUACAGCCGCUCCCGCCGCAGGAGGAACAAGCACCCCGUGCGCGACGUGCGCGACAUCUUCGGAGUGGGCAGCUCGGAGGACAGAGCAGCAGAAAAAGAGGAGUCCAGCCCAGAUCCACUGUGGCACAAUCUACGGACUUCAAACACCCAGAGAACAGAAACCCAGGAUUAUUCCUGCACAGUUCGGAACCCUGGGAAAGAGGAAGUGUUCAACAUGGAUGUUGCCUACUCAGAGCAAGCAGCUGUCCUGCUCAAGGGAUCCUUCCUGUCUGAAUCCAGGAAGUUAAAGGAUGGAAAUGCCCUAACUAGAUUUAAGAUCCCAAAGGGCAGACUAGGAGUGACCAGGAUUGGAGAUCUGUCGGCUCAGGACAUGAAGAAGAUCCCCACACUGGCCCUCAUUGAACUUACAGCUCUCUGUGAUAUCCUGGGCUUUGAGCUGAAGAGAAACAAAGCAGCAAAAUUGAAAACAACAGAGAAAAGACUCUUUGGAGUUCCACUCAACACCCUGCUGGAAAAUGACCAAAAGCUGCUGCCCAACACCAAGGUCCCUCUGCUACUCCAGGCACUGCUGUCCUGCCUGGAGAAGAGAGGACUUGAAACAGAGGGCAUCCUGAGAGUUUCUGGGUCCCAGACCAGAAUUAAGAGCCUGGAGCAGAAGCUGGAAAGGGACUUCUACAGUGGUCUGUUCUGCUGGGAUGAGGUUCACCAGAACGACGUGUCCGGGCUGCUGAAGAGAUUCAUCCGCGAGCUGCCGGCCCCGCUGCUGACAGCAGAGUACCUGCCUGCCUUUGCUGCCGUGCAGAAUAUUCCAGACCUAAAGCAAAGAUUGCAAGCUCUAAACCUCCUGAUCCUGAUUCUGCCAGAGUCCAACAGAAACACUCUGAAGGCCCUUCUUGAAUUUCUCAGCAAGGUGGUUGCCAGGGAAAACAACAACAAAAUGAACCUCUGGAAUGUUUCCACAGUCAUGGCCCCAAACCUCUUCAUGCACAAGGGGCUGCCAAACAAGAUCCCUGAGGGGAAGGAGAAGCAGCUGGCGGAGGGGGCGGCUGACGUGGUGCGGAUGAUGAUCCAUUACCAGGAUCUGCUCUGGACAGUCUCCUCUUUUCUGGUAGCUCAAGUGAGAAAGCUGAACGAGAGCAGCAGCAAAAGGUACCAGUUCUGCGACAAGAGAAUUAAACAUUUGUUACGGAAGAUUCACACUGAUAAAGACAAGGUGGAAAAGAACCAGGGAGAGCCUUCCAAGAUUGUGAAAGUCCAUGCAUCACUCCUCCUGAAGGACUCUCUGGAGGUGCACUUGAACAAUGCAACCAGGGUUGCUGAUGUCUUGAGGCAGUUUCAGAAGAACCUGUGCCAGAAUGGCUGGAAUAUUGUUAACACUGUCAACCUCCUCAAGUGUAACAACUCCAUGGAGUGCACAAACUUGCUCCUGUAUGAAGUGGGAGGCAAUAUUGGUGAACAUUGCCUGGACCCAGACACUUACCUCUUGGACUUGUACCACAUCAACCCCCAUGCUGAGUGGAUAAUUAAGCAAAACCCAUCUUAUCCUCGGAUGUUCUAAGAAAAACAUGAGCAAAGCAAAGCACUUGGCUGCAGUUUUUGGAAGGUGUGGAAAUGGAGACUUUCCUGUUGUAGUGUCAGAGCAGACACAGCUUGUUUCUAGGAAGGAAAAGCACCUUUAUUAACUGCUUCUGUGGCAGCUGGCAGUGAGAGCACAGUGGCCUCUGUGCUAACAGGGGUGUUGGAAACAAGCAGCAAUUAUCAUUGUGUAGCAGAGUUUGCAGGGGGAGUGACUGUUCCUAAACAAAACAUCCCCCAAAACAAAGCCUGAAGGCAAAGCUGCAGUGGUUGUGCAGCAAAGAUGGAACAGAAGAAGAAAAAGAUGAUCUUGAAUAUGGUGGAAGGCAUUUGUGUAUUCUGGAUUUGCUCUUCCUUUUGGAGGAGAGACAGUCAAAUGCUGCAGUGGUACUAAGGGCAUCCCUUGGGUAAGGUCCAUGGCUGCCUGUGGCAUGUCAGCACAAAAGUUAAUGAUCCUGGGCUUCACUGUCAAGCUUCUGUUAUGCUCUUUGAAGAAUGAAAAAGGAUGUUUCCAAAAAGGCCAGAUGGGAUGUGACACCAGCACGUCGUGUAUUUCAUGGCUGCAGUUAAAUACAUUUAUGCAAUACAAGAAAAUAACUUUCCUCGAAAAAAGGGGUGGAAAAUACAGCAGCCUUUCAGAUGUGCAGUGUGGCAGGAGAGAGAUGCCUGUCCCACGCAGCUCUGCUGGUAAUGCAAACCCAAAUUGCCACCAACAAGGGUAAAACAAGCAUUUAUUUUUAUGGACAACCUAUGUAUCCACAGACAACGGGGGAAAUACCCUGAAGUUAAUGUGAGGUUGGAAUCUGACCUGGCCACGUGAACUGAACUUGCUUGUGGAAGAUUCUGUGUGAAUGUGUUUGUUCAACAGCCAACAAACGUCCCUGAGAUGGGAGGUGGCUGAACUGAGCUGAGCCCUCGCUGCUCUGGCUGCACAUUUCCAUCACACUCAGCACAGUUAUCCCUUUGGGCUGGACAGCUGAGGGCAGAGCAGAGCACUCACACCUUGCUGCUGCAUCAUCACCAUCA